AAAAAUCAGUUGUAGCCAAAAGUAUAGGGGCAUGAAUGACAUGUGUUGUUGGCCCCUCCUCUCCUGCUGCUGUGGAGCGCUGCUGAGUUGAAGCGCAACAGCCCGGAGAGCGCAGCAGCGACUUCACCGCUGCAACUUUGAUGACAGGGUUUUUUGGAGCCGUGGAUGAGCGCGUUUGAAGAGCCUUGCUGGUGAAGACAAGGGAGUCGAGUCUCGACCUGCGGUUCCCUCUCUGCCAGUCGGAUCAAAAUGAAAUUCCUGAUUUGUGUGAUAGCAGUCGCCGUGGCGGUGAGAUCUGCGCACGGAGGUACAAAUGACGGGCCAUGUGGAGGACUGGACUGCAGCGGCGGAUGCAAGUGCAACCCGGAGAAAGGCAGCAGGGGUCGUCCUGGGGCUCUCGGGGAGGUUGGACAGAGCGGAACUGAGGGACAACGUGGGUCUGUGGGGCCUAUGGGGCCUAAAGGAGAGAAGGGCCACAUCGGACUGAAAGGACCAUCUGGCCCUAAAGGAGACAAAGGACCAAUGGGAGUGCCUGGGUUCCAAGGAAAUGAUGGAGUACAUGGUCACCCUGGUCAGCAGGGCAGCAGAGGACCAUCAGGAUUUGACGGUUGUAACGGGACUAGAGGAGAACCUGGAGAUUCCGGCUUUGGAAUAGGAAGACCUGGAAGUCCUGGAUUUGCUGGACCUACUGGGCCGAAAGGACAGAAAGGAGAGCCUCGAUUCAUCUCAGAAAACGGACAAUCGAGUAUCCCGGGACCACCAGGAGUCAACGGUCAACCUGGAAUCAGAGGUCCUGAUGGUGCACGUGGAUAUGUUGGUCCAAGCGGGCCCGAUGGUUUCCCUGGCCCACCCGGUCCUCCUGGUCCCCCAGGGCUCAUGGGGAGCCGUAGUGACGGAUAUCAAGGAGAGAGAGGAGACAAGGGCGACGUGGGUCUUCCUGGACCCAGUGGUACUCCUGGCGACGGGUCACUAAGAAGCGAACAAACUCUCACUAUCUACAAAGGAGACAAGGGUGAAGAAGGCCGAAAGGGCGGCAGAGGAUACACUGGCGGUCCUGGCCGGCCUGGACCUUUUGGCUAUCGUGGUGAACUUGGAGAGAAAGGCAUUCCAGGUUACCCUGGUGGAAGAGGUGCUCCUGGUUUUAAUGGACCUCCUGGUGGUCUAGGACAACAGGGACUUAGAGGUAUCCCAGGAUUCCCAGGCCAACCAGGAUACAUAGGACCGAAGGGUGACCAGGGAGAACAAGGACUACCCGGACCUCCUGCUUAUGUUUCUAAUAGUGGCACCUCUGUUCAAGGAGAACAAGGUACUCCAGGUUACAAUGGCCGGCCCGGGGCCACUGGUGACCAGGGACCUCCAGGAUUCCCAGGACCACCAGGUCAACCUGGAAUUGGUGGUUUUGGAUCAGGUCCUGGAACUCCAGGUUUCCCCGGGACCCCAGGCCCAAAGGGAGAGAAAGGUGGCCCAGGUAUACUAGGCUAUGGCGCAGAAGGACUCCCCGGUUCCUCAGGACUUCCAGGACCUCCUGGCCCUCCUGGACCUCAGGGUCCUACCAGCCUUGCUGUUGGUCCAUGCAUCGUCUAUCCAGAGGUGUCCCCCAGGCCCAAAGGUUCUCCCGGUGGUUUACCCAUUAGUUCCACCGGAGAGCCUGGGAGACCUGGCCCCAGAGGAGAGUCGGGUAACACAGGAUACAAAGGCUACAGAGGCGACCCUGGCGACUGUGCCUGCCUAGGUGGAGGCACCUCUGGGUUACCUGGGUUGCCUGGAUCCCCAGGAAUUAACGGCAGCCCUGGGUUUCCUGGUCGAAAGGGUGAAUAUGGUGACUCUGGCUCUCCUGGCUUUGGUGGCGUUCAAGGACCUCCAGGUCGUGCUGGUGAAAGGGGAUACUUUGGACGUAAGGGAGAGAAGGGGACAUCUUUCUACCCCGACCUGGGUUUGGGGAUAAAGGGAGAGCUCGGAUUUCCUGGACCCAGAGGACCUACAGGUGAAACUGGAAAACCCGGAAGAGAUGGACUUCCUGGCUUUCCUGGAUCCCCUGGAACCCCAGGUGAUGCUGGCUUUGGAACAGUUGGAGAGAAAGGUUUCCCAGGAUACCCAGGCGCCAAGGGUCUUCCUGGUGGUCCCGGUGAGCCUGGUGUUGGCUACAUUGGAACACCAGGCUUCCGUGGAGCUGAUGGAGAUCCUGGUAUACCUGGGUUACCAGGACAACCAGGUUUACCUGGACCAAGAGGUGAAACCGGCUGUGGAGGGGUUAAUGACGCCAGAGAGGGAACGGGCCAAGUGCUGCCUUGCUCUAUUCCUGGUGAGGAUGGAGACCCCGGUUACCCUGGUAUCCCAGGACGACCAGGUCCGAAAGGGCAGCCAGGUUUCCCAGGAGGCACUGGACGUCCAGGGUUUGAUGGCCCCAAAGGAGAUAGAGGAGACCCUGGUUUUGGUGGCCAACCUGGACCUCAAGGUUUUCCGGGACCCAGAGGGGAUUCUGGACUUCCAGGUGCACCAGGACAAUCUUUUGACGGAGGCCGGGCGAAGGAUGGAGUUCCAGGGCGUCCUGGAGCCAAGGGUCAGCCUGGAGAAGUGUUAGGAGCCACACCUGGAGCUCCAGGACGGGAUGGUUUGCCUGGAAUACCAGGAGACAAGGGCCAGCCGGGGACCCCUGGAGGACCUGGAUUUCCUGGUGGUGAUGGCCGCUCUGGUGUUCCUGGACGGAAGGGAGAGCGCGGUGUUGACGGUCUUUCUGGUAUCCCAGGCCCUCCAGGACCCCCAGGCGAGCCGACCGGGGGUAUUACUGGUCGGCCCGGAGCUCCUGGAAACCAAGGACUGAGCGGACCACCAGGUUUCCCUGGCCGCAAGGGAGAUAGAGGAGAUCCAGGUUUCCCAGGACCUGCAGGAAUGAAGGGAACCCCAGGACUGCCUGGUACCUCUGGAACUCCAGGGCCAAGAGGACCCCCUGGACCACCUGGACCAGGAACCAGAGAUGGAAUCCCUGGUGCACCAGGACUUAAGGGUGAGAGAGGUUUCCCAGGAUUGAUGGGCUUCCCUGGACUACCUGGUCGCCCUGGAUCUCCAGGGUUUCCGGGACAAAAAGGACUGAAUGGAGGGCCUGGAAGAGACGGUUACUCCGGUGGCCCAGGAUUCCCUGGACUGAAAGGUGACAGAGGAUAUCCUGGUCUCCCUGGUCCGCCCGCACCUGUUUAUAGAUCAGAGUUUCUUGAGAGAGGAGAACUUGGAACCCCCGGUUCCAACGGUCUUCCUGGCUUCCCUGGACCCAGAGGUGACAAAGGUCUGCCAGGUCUGCCUGGUCGUCAGGGUCUGCCUGGACUUCCUGGUUACGCUGAGCAGAGUAAAGGACAGCCUGGAGAUCGUGGAUUUCCUGGGAGACCUGGAAGCCCAGGCUUCCCUGGACCAAAGGGAGAAGCUGGAAUCAAUGGAUUCCCGGGCAUGUCUGGACCAAGGGGUGAUGAUGGUGGACCUGGUCUUCCUGGAAACCCUGGAGAAUCGGGUCGUCCUGGUACUAAAGGUCUACCUGGAGAUAGUUAUGGUUAUCCUGGAGGUCCCGGUGCCAAAGGCCAGCCAGGAGAUCCAGGAUUCCCAGGCGGUCGUGCCAAUGAUGGCGCUCCUGGUGACAAUGGUUUUCCUGGAAAUCCAGGUUACUCUGGACAGAAGGGAGCUCCUGGUGAAGGAGGACGGCCUGGAAUAAUGGGCUCUCCUGGAUUCCCCGGGCAAAAGGGCCUGCCCGGUUACCCAGGCAGAAGGGGAGAAGAUGGGAUUCCUGGGGGUCCCGCGGGUCCUGGAGGUCCUGGAGCCAAAGGUUUGCCUGGACCCCCUGGGUUGGAUGGACUUAAUGGACUUGGUGGACCUAAAGGCCUUCCUGGAACCCCAGGUGUGAGUGCAGGAGGUCGCCCGGGUGCUCCUGGUAUUCCAGGCCAAAAGGGAGAGAGAGGUGUCUCCUACCCAGGAGUUCCAGGCUACCCAGGACCAAAGGGAGAGAGAGGAGAUUCAGGUGGAUCUGGACUCCCAGGGUUCCCUGGUCGACCCGGACCUCCUGGUCCAACUGUGGGGUCUGAUAUUCCUGGACCUUUGGGAGACCCUGGCCUUCCUGGACUCGAUGGAGAGUAUGGUUUCCAAGGUCCUCCAGGUCGUCCUGGGCCUCCUGGUCCAGGCUCUAUUCAGGGAGACAGCGGGGACUCAGGUCUCCCGGGCUUCCCUGGAUCCCCCGGCAGGAAAGGAGAACCAGGCCUACCUGGAGGCCCAGGACUCCCCAGCAGUUUUGGUUUCAAAGGAGAAAGAGGUGUGACUGGCUACAGCGGAGGUCCUGGUCUUAAAGGUUAUCCUGGUGACUCUGGGUUCUAUGGAAACAAAGGAGGAAAGGGACUAAGAGGGCGUCCUGGUCGUAAAGGCAUUCCUGGAAUCACGCUGUCUGUGCCGCCGACAGACAUCAGGCAACCCGGAGAAAUGGGCUAUCCUGGUGACAACGGGUCCCCUGGUGGUCUUGGAGAGCCUGGUCAGCCAGGAAUACCCGGACGCACAGGUUCUAAAGGCCCUCCAGGCUCUGUGGGUAAACUUGGUAGGACUGGAACUGGUGGUCUGCCCGGACCUAUUGGUGACCCCGGACCACCUGGUUUCCCUGGACCCACUGGAGAACAAGGUCUUCCUGGUACAGCCGGUCGUCCCGGCUCUCCUGGUGGCGUCGGUCGCAGUUACAGCAUCGGCUACACUCUGGUGAAGCACAGCCAGGACUACCAGGUGCCCAUGUGUCCACAGGGCAUGGCCAAGCUGUGGGAUGGAUACAGUCUGCUGUACGUGGAGGGCCAGGAGAAGGCGCACAAUCAGGACCUAGGUCAGCCAGGGUCGUGCCUCCCCAGGUUCAGCACCAUCCCCUUCCUCUACUGCUCCCCCAACGAGGUCUGCUACUACGCCAGCCGUAACGACAAAUCCUACUGGCUCUCUACCACUGCACCAAUACCCAUGAUGCCUGUGGCUGAGGAGCAGAUACGCCCUUACAUUAGCAGGUGCUCUGUGUGUGAGGCUCCAUCUCAGGCCGUGGCGGUCCACAGUCAGGACAUGGCAAUCCCCACCUGUCCACCCGGCUGGAGGAGUCUCUGGAUAGGAUACUCCUUCCUCAUGCACACAGCAGCCGGCGCUGAGGGCGGCGGUCAGUCCCUGGUGUCUCCCGGUUCCUGCCUGGAGGAUUUCCGCGCCACGCCUUUCAUCGAGUGCAACGGUGCCAAGGGUACCUGCCACUACUUCGCUAACAAGUACAGCUUCUGGCUCACCACCGUGGAUCCAACCCAGGAGUUUGUCUAUUCGCCAGCACAGGAGACCCUGAAGGGAGGCCAGGAGCGCUCCAGAGUCAGCCGCUGCCAAGUCUGUAGCAAGCUCUUGUAGUAGGAGGAGGGGAAACGUCAGGAGGUGACAUAUUAACACCUUCAAGGAUCCAAGAAGAGAUGUCGAUUUAUAAGGAAAUCUAUAAAUAUAAGAAAGAACACGUGACUGACUGAAAAUGAGCCCCUCUCCUGCUUUUGAUCAGCUUUAGGGAUGAAUGGCUUGUUUAAAAAAGAAAGAAAGAAGAGUUGGAGGGAGUGAACGAAAAGAAGAGAAGGGCUUCAGUGUGAUUGCUCUUCUCUAGAUUAUCACUGACAAUGGUGCUAUUGUUUAAUGUUCUGUGUGUUUAUUUUGUCUAUUCUCUCGUUACGUUUUUUUGGCGGGAAUCAUUCUCGGCUACCUCGGAGAGUGCAACCCCCCUUUGGAUAGCACUGCACCGCUUACACACUAGGGCUAGACGUCUUCUUCAGAUUAGUCAGGUCAGACAAUAAAGGAAAACGCUGCUAUGUUUGAAAGACUGGAUAAAACCAUGAACUGUAUAUUAUAAGUGGACAUAGCCGCGAUGUGUUACUAUUUUCUGUUGUACCACUUCACCAUGUGGAGGGCAUUUUAGCCGUUAGCGAUUAAUGUUAGCACUAGCCCUUAAUUUAAUAUUUUAAUUAAAUGAAAUUUUGUAAAUUGGUUUACAUAAAUUAUGUAAAGAAACGCUUCAAGUAAAAACUUUCCUUUACCCUAAAUAUGGACGUGAGAUUGAGGGUGUAACAUUUGGAUCCCCUAGUCAUCGGCUAACGUUAGCUGGGUUAGCAAGGUACGUCCUAAAUCCAGAGUAACAGUGAUAUGAAUGUCUUAAUUUGGCUAGCUAAAAAAAGGUUUUGUAAAAGUGUACUGAUACAAAGCAAUUCAACAAUCUACUCCUAAGAGAGUAUUUUAGCGCAAAUAAAUACUGAAUGAUGCAUUUUCAGUUGACAACAGUAGCAACUUGUCAAUCAAAAGGUUGCCAUGCAACUAAAGUUUUUUUUUGGGGGGGGGGGCUAAAAUGUCAAGUCAACAACGUCCUUUAUUAAAGAAGAAUUGAAACUAGCAAUCAGAACAAUGAACGGCAUACUAUCAAGUGGAUAUUAUAAAGAAGACAGGUCUGACGCACUUAGCGUUAGCUUCACUUUUAAACACCUUGAAGCUUCGUCCAUUUCUUCUAUACAGUCUGCGGUUUAACCGAAGGUCUCGACGGUGGAGUUUGGUGUUUUUCCUUUUUUUGACAGCUGAUCUAACUGAAGUAGACGCUAUUCUGACCUGGUUCUCUGUUCAAACACACCAUUAAGUGAAACAGCCAUUAAAAAUAACAAUGCUUAUUUUUGUAUUUUCUGCCAACUACAAUCACUUUAACUGCAGUGAUGUUCAGAUUAAAACGGUUACAACUUUGUGCACGCAAAGUUACCAAUUGCAGUCCUUGCUAACUUUACAAUGCAUGUUUCAUAUACACUCUGUAUAUUAUGGUGCUACUUCACCCUGACGGUUGACUUGAAAGGCAACAUUUACAUUAACUUUUAUACAUGAACUGCAUUCAUUUAAAUGGCGAAGCAGCACUUCUCCUCAAAAGAUGGAGCCUCUGAAACAGCUAACUGUAGUAAUAAAAGACCUGACGGCGGCCACUCAUUCAUAUAUAUUGCACUGAUGUAACCUCUUAAACUUACAAACGAUAACAAUGAUGAGUCCAAUAAAAGGGCAAACCUACUCAAUCGUUUCACCUUCACAAGCUUUCAUUUGUACGGCGUGACCAAAAUCGUGUUUUGUGUUUUCAUUAUCACAGUAAAGUUGGCGUUACAUUUUGAAACAGAAAACCAAACACACAUACACUCUCUCUCUCUCUCUCUCUCUCUCUCUCUCUCUCUCUCUCUCCCUCUCUCUGACAUGUUGUUAAUUAUUGCUGUAUAUAAAGAGUGCUGACUGGGUUUCCAGGCAAAGUAUGUUAGAGCACGUCUGAUAUGCUGUUUGCCGUUUAUUUUUAUUGUCAUUUAUUUUGUUAUUUUUCAGUCUGUGUGUCUUUUUUCUGUCGCUGGAUUAAAAAAAAGAGGAAGAAUUUACUCGUUUUUAGAUCACAACUGAACAUUUCUUACAUUGAUUUUAAUUUGAAAUUUAAACAGAGUUGAACUGGUUUAAUCCUCUUUUCUUUUUUAAAUCCUCGGACGGUGAAAACUACUGGGUGACUUGUAACCACUAUGACCAUUAUGUCGAGCACAUAGCUCUGUCUCUCUGUUGGUAGCCCUGAUUUUAUGUCACAUUUUACCUUUUUGUUUUUGUUUGAUUUGAUUCCCCCUCUUCCUUCGACUUCCUUUGUUGUUUUGUAAUCUAGAUUGUAAUUAUUUUACUUUAGUCAUCAUGAUAGACUGGUUUUAUUUACUGCAAUGGGAGGGAAUGGGGAGAUAAUAACGUGUACAUUAAAUAUUAAAUGGGGGAGAAAAAAAAAAGCCUUUUAGGAUGAUGUUUUUAUAUGGAAAGUAUAUUCUAUUGCUGACGGUUUAAACAGAUGGAAAGACAGGUGUAUUGUCUGUUUGGUCUCUACGCCAUAUUUCACGCAGCAAUGAGUGCCUGGAGUGACAAAAUAAAGAAAUGCAGUUUUCCUCAAAGAGGAUCCAUAACACAUAAGAAAGUGGUCAUAACAUGUCUCAUACGGUUAUGUGUAUUUUUAUGCUCACACAAUUUGAAAUAAAGUCUCUAAACUAA